GCAUAUCUGCAACUCCCGCCUUUCCUUUAGCCCCUCAAAAUGGCUCGUCCAAUCUCAUUACUGCUCUUCUUUCACUUCAUUCUCUUAACCGGAACUCUUCACCGGAAUCUGACACACGCCGCCGGAGGCCGGUGGACCCUUCUCAAGUCUUCCAUCGGCAUAUCCGCCAUGCACAUGCAGCUACUAAGCAAUGAUCGUGUGGUCAUUUUCGACCGGACCGAUUUCGGCCGUUCAAACCUCUCACUACCGGACGGCAAGUGCCGGAACGAUCCCCACGACACCGCCGUCAAGAUCGACUGCUCAGCACAUUCAGCUGAGUAUGACGUGGCCACGAAUUCGAUCCGACCGCUCAUGAUCUUAACUGACACGUGGUGCUCAUCUGGCACAGUAGCACCCGAUGGCCGCUUGAUCCAGACUGGAGGAUUCAAUGAUGGAGAUCGAACGGUCAGGAUCUUCACCCCAUGUGAUAAUUGUGAUUGGGAAGAGAAACCAACAGCAUUAGGUGUACGGCGAUGGUACGCCACCAAUCAGAUACUACCCAAUGGGUGGGCCAUCAUAAUCGGUGGCCGUCGACAAUUCAAUUACGAAUUCUACCCAAAAUCCAACGGUAUGGAUCGAGUUUUCUCUCUUCCAUUUCUACAACAAACAAGCGAUCCUGAAGAGAACAAUCUCUACCCGUUCGUUCAUCUCAACGUCGAUGGGAAUUUAUUCAUUUUCUCAAAUAAUCGGGCUAUCUUAUUCAACUACCGCAACAAUGCCAUUGUAAGAACAUACCCGAAAAUGCCAGGUGGCGAUCCUCGGUGCUACCCGAGCACAGGCUCCUCGGUUCUGCUUCCAUUGAAGAAUUUCAAAGAGGCGGAAGUUCUAGUCUGUGGCGGGGCCCCGAUCGGGUCCUUCAAUCAAGCGAAUAAGGGCAAUUUCAUCAAAGCUUUAAAUACUUGUGGACGGUUGAAAAUCACCGAUCAAUCUCCACAAUGGACGAUGGAGACUAUGCCAAUUUCGAGAGUGAUGGGAGAUAUGGUCUUGCUUCCGAACGGAUACGUUCUCAUCAUCAACGGCGCUUCGUCGGGGACUGCUGGAUGGGAAUUGGGCCGCGAUCCGGCGACUAGUCCUGUCAUAUACAAGCCAGAUAAUCGAGCUGGAUCUCGAUUUGAAGUGCAAAACCCAUCAAAGAUUCCUCGCCUUUAUCAUUCAACUGCUAUUUUGCUGCGUGACGGACGGGUUUUGAUUGGUGGAAGCAAUCCUCAUAUCUCCUAUGUGUUCUCAGGUGUUCAGUACCCUACUGAACUAAGCUUGGAAGCGUUCUCGCCGCCGUAUUUGGAGUCAUCCUAUUCUGGUUUCCGGCCUAAGAUUUUAACACCCACUUCACAAACCAAGCUGAAUUAUGGUGGGAAUCUAGUAAUUCAGUUUCAGGUAUCGCUGCCACUGAACCCGAAGGGAGUUUCAGUGACAAUGGUGGCGCCGUCGUUCUCUACACAUUCAUACUCCAUGAAUCAAAGAUUGAUAGUGUUGGGGAGUGGUCUUUUGGCAAAGACGGUAUCGGGUUUGGCGUAUGAAAUCAGCGUAUCGGCCCCGAAUGCAGCUGUGAUUGCACCACCUGGUAAUUAUUUACUGUUUGUUGUUCAUGGUGGGAUUCCAAGUGAGGGAAUUUGGGUUCACAUACAGUAAUUUUCUCUAUUUUUCUUUUUUAUAUAUACAUAUAUACAAAUUUCUUAUAGAAAAUAUGAUUUUAUACCUAGUUCUUUUCAUUUAAAUGUUAUAAUUUUGUACUAUUUUUAUUCCAAAAUGGAAAUUGGGUGUAAUGGAAUGAAAAGAAAUGGGUGUAGAAAGUGGCUUUCCAGACUAUAUAUGAGACAUGCUAACAUGCAACUGGUUGGAAGAUAAUUUUCCAUACACCAAGUGAAUAACUUCCAAUAUAUCAUGUAAGUACAAAAUCUAAACCAUCCAAUAGGUUGGGCCCACUACGUGGAAUAUCUUGUUAAAAAAUAAGCCUCAUCUACUUAUCAACCAGACCACAAUUGUAUUUUGUUAUUUAUUUGCAAAUAUACAAUAUUUCCCCUGGUGUGGUCUACUUGAUUAGUGGAUGGGGCUGAAUUCAGUAUAGGACCAUCGUUUUCGUGGGACCAACCUAUUGGACGGUGUGGAUUUCUCACAUGCAUCAUAGGUUGCAUGUGAACAUUUCUCUCUUGUGUUUUUUUAUUUAGUGAAUUUGUAAAAGGAGAUGAAUAAAGGGGGGAGAAAUGGGAGGUGUAAGAUCAGAUUCUUGUGACUUUUGUUUUCUUUUGGGAAGAAAAGGUUGGGAUUCACAGGUAAGAAGAAGAAGUGUCAGUUUUAGCUUUUGUCACUACAAAAUAAAAGAAAGAGCAUGGCCUUCUUUCUCUCUUUCUACUCUCCUCAAUGUAGUCUAAUUUGUACUUAUUUUUCUAAAAUAAGGUGGAAGUUGAAAAGCUGAAAGAAGACGACGUUUGGAUUU